AUGACUUCGUUCCUCGCUCCCACUGGUGGCGCCUCCCUCUUACUAUCCUUCCGCCUUCAAAAACACACUGUCCUGGUUAUAGGGUCCAACAAUUUGGCAGCAUCUCGCGCCUUCGCAGCGUUAGAAGCAGACUCUAGGGUGAUAAUUCUUGCCAAGGGUGGAGUUCAGACCGCAUGUAGCGAGCUCCAAUGGCGCAAUAGCCAUGGUCAGCUCACCAUCGUGGAUUGGGAUGAUCUGCCUUGCACGUCAGGUAGUGGGGUGGGUAGUGAUCAUGAAGCUGAUGCAGUAGAUGCAUAUGUUUCUGGUAUCGAGGGACUCCGUUUUGUCUGCGUAACAGACACGAUCCUCGGGCCGGAACCCUUCCUGCGUCGCAGUCGUGCCUCCGCUGCGCGGAUCGCCCGUGUCUGUCGCGCUCGCAACAUACAUAUCAAUGUUACCGAUAUGCCUGACCUGUGCGACUUCUCCUUCUUAUCGACUCACCGAUUUUACGACACCGAGACUGGGCUUGCAACACCCUUGCAAAUUGGAGUUACUACCAACGGUCAAGGAUGUCGCUUAGCUGGCCGCCUGCGGCGAGAUAUCGUCGCAAAGUUGGCUCGCGAGGCGGGCGGCGCUGUUGCCAAGGUUGGGAAACUGCGCAGUCUUGCGAAGACGUCGGACGAGGCUGUAUAUGAAGAGGGCGACGUGGGGCUGUACGAGGAGGAGACGGCGUCGACGCCAAACGUCCCUUUACCUCCGAGGAGCGCCAAUGAGACUAUUUUGGAGAGUGCGCGAAGGCGUAUGAAGUGGGUUGCGCAAGUCAGCGAAUAUUGGCCGAUUCAGAAGCUCGCUGGCUUGACGGAAGAAGAGAUGGUCCGAGUACUCGAUGGAAGACAUGGCCUCCCAGGAACAGCCUCGUCGAAUCUGCCCGCCGAAGUUUUCCCUGAGAACGGCGGAGAAAGCUCACUGCACUCGCUGGCGAUACCCGCUGCACGUCGCGGUCGGAUUUUUCUGGUAGGAUCCGGACCUGGCCAUCCUUCUCUGCUCACGCUCGCCACGUAUGCGGUUCUCACGAAACACGCGAACCUCGUCCUUUCUGAUAAGCUUGUACCCGACGUAGUACUUGCACUCAUCUCGCCAAAAGUGGAAGUGCGCAUUGCGCGGAAAUUCCCUGGUAAUGCGGACAAUGCCCAGUCCGAGUUGAUGGAGGCUGCCAUUGAGGCUGCGGGGCGCGGCUUGACAGUAGUACGGCUCAAGCAAGGGGAUCCGACUGUAUACGGGCGUGCGGGCGAGGAGGUGUUGUAUUUCCGUGAACACGGCUUCGAACCGAUCGUCAUUCCAGGCGUCAGUUCUGUGCUUGCAGGGCCCACGUUUGCCGGAGUCCCCGUCACGCAGCGCGGAGCCGCAGAGUCUUUUGUCGUCUGCACAGGCGUGGGGCGGCAGGGCAAAGAAGUGAGGCUGCCGGGAUACGAGAGGUCUCGCACGCUGGUCAUCUUGAUGGGCGUUGCGCGGUUACCGCAGGUUCUAGAGACCCUGCUGUCCCGCGCGGAACAGCCCUCGUCGCGGCGGAACGGCGCUUCGUAUCCUGCAUGCACGCCCAUUGCCCUCAUCGAACGCGCGUCCAUGCCGGACCAGCGGGUGAUCUUCUCCACAUUACGGGACAUCUUGGCUGCGCUGGAGAGCGCUGGCGAGCAGCGUCCGCCGGGUAUGCUCGUGGUGGGUUGGUCGGUGCUCUCGCUGUGGGGGAAGGGCGACGUGAGCAUUCUCGAUGAUGGGGCUGCCGAAAGAGACGAGGAGAGGCUGAUGACAUGGUUAGAAGAUAGACGAUGGCGGAUUGAUGAUGGGCUAGAUGCUGGAUGGAAAGAUCUGUGA